AUGGGCUCGGACGAGCAUACCAAGGUCGGAGCAACAAGCCCGCAAGUAGAACCAACAACCGAGCUUGGCUCUUUCCGAGAAUACAAGUCUCUUCACGUCGAUGGCAUCGACCCCGUCUUUGAACAUCAGGCACGGCUAGUCAACCAUGCAGUACAGGCAAUUGGAAUGGGCAAGUACCAAUGGGCUCUGUUCGUCCUUUGCGGUUAUGGAUGGCUUUGCGACCAGCUUUGGCAAACAACUGUCUCCGACGCACUUGCACAAGUUGCAGUUGAAUUCACUCCUAAGCAUUCAGCCUUCUUGUCGCUAGCUCUGAUCGCCGGCCUUGUUGUCGGUGCUUCCUUCUGGGGUUUGGGAGCCGACCUUAUCGGACGACGACUGGCUUUCAAUUUAACGCUGCUGAUUGCUGGAGUGUUCGGUACGGCUGCCGGUGCAGCACCCAACUUUGUGGGUUGUGCUGUUCUCGUGUCGCUCUGUGGUUUUGGAGUUGGAGGCAACUUGCCCGUUGACAGUGCAGUCUUUCUGGAAUUCUUACCCGGAACCCACCAAUACCUCCUCGAAAUUCUAGCGGUGUGGUGGUCGUUUGGGCAAAUGAUUCCAGCCGGGGCCGCUUGGGGAUUCUUGCCUCGCUAUUCGUGCAGUGCUGAUACUCCCGCUGGACAGUGCAAGAAGGCUGACAACAUGGGCUGGCGGUAUCUCAUGUACUCGAUGGGCGCGAUCACGCUCGCCGCAUUCUUCGCCCGCUUUCUCCUGUUCAAGUUGCGGGAAAGCCCACGGUACUUGAUAGGCCAAGGACGAUACCAGGAAGCGAUCGAAGUCCUGAACGAUGUGGCCAAGUACAACGGCACGACGCAGCCCCUGACCGUGGAAGACCUGGUGCAGGUCGAGCGGGAUUUUGCAGAGAGUCACGGAAUCGCCCCCGUCAACAAAAAGACGGCGAUGAAAAGGACGUUGGCGCAGUUCCGCCCAGGAGGGCUCAAGCACGUUCGCGCGUUGUUCUCGACCAGGAAACUCGCCUUCAGCACUUCCCUGAUCAUCCUCGUCUGGGGCAUGAUCGGGCUGGCGUCUCCUCUCUACAGCAACUUCUUGCCCGAGUACCUGGCGGCCCACGGCGCCCAGAGCGGAUCGAGCAGUAUCAACAUCACGUACCGGAACAACUUUAUUAUCAUCGCCUGCUCGAUCCCGGGAACUCUGCUUGCGGGAUGGCUCAUCGGUUUACCUUACAUCGGGAGACGAGGCACAUUGGGCUUGUCGUUGAUCCUGACCUCGGUUUUCUUGUUCGCCUUCACCGCCGCGCGGACCCAGGCCCAGAUCCUCGCCUUCAACUCCAUCUCCAGCUUCGUGCAGUACAUCAUGUGGGGCGCACUCUACUGCUACACGCCCGAGGUGAUUCCCAGCAUCCACCGAGGCACGGGCACCGGAAUGGCCGCGGCUUUCAACAGGAUCUGCGGCUUGAUGGCGCCCAUCAUCGCAACGUACGUCGGGUACACAAACACUCCAAUCUUUGUCUCGGCGAGUCUGUACAUCGUGGCUGGACUGUUGAGUUUUUGUUUCCCCUACGAGACGAGUGGGAAGGCGAGUUUGUAG